GCUAUUUGCAACAGGCUGCCGCUGCCGCGGUAGCGCGUCCCCGGGAGAGGAGCCGGAGCGACACGUGAUGUGUCUCCUUAUCAGGGGAGGCGCGGAGGAGGGGAAGUUAGCGCGGAGUUGAUGAACUUUGCACAUCCACAGAAACGCCAUUUUGAUUCCUUUUUCCGGAACAAGUUUGCGGCUCCCUCCCGUGCGCGCUCCCCCCGGCGCGCCCCCGCGCCCCCCCGGCGGCCCAUCCUCCCGGCAUGUCGCGGCGCAAGCAGCCCAGCCCCAGCAAAGUCCGGCCGUUCCUGAAAUAAACUUCCUGCAAUUCUUUGCAGUGUGCAGGUGUCCAGACUCCCCUUUACUCAUGGUCGCCUGUGAAACCCGUCAGGCAACUGAAGGCUGUACCUAAAAUUCUGCUGGCAGUGCAGCCCACUGCAGUGGCCUUGGUCUAGUUACGGUGGACACCUUGUGCAGCCCCAGCUGUAGCAUCCCCUCGUAGUCCGAACAACUAUUGCGGUCCAGGAGUCUACACGUGUGGAGGACUGCCUGGAAUAGAAAAAGGAAAGCUGCAGAGAUUGUAAGCUGCUGGCUUGAUCCGUGUGGCUGUUGUGCGGAGGAACAUCAAAACUUUGCUGGAUGGAUCCGACAGCUCGUUGCAAAGUAGAGGUGCUGGAGGGUGCUGCUGAAGAAGAGGCUGAAGAGCCAGACGCAACUGUACAUACUACACUAAGUGAAGAGACCAGCAAGCCAGAAGAGAGCCACAGUCAAUCAGGGGAGAAAGAUGAAGAGAAGCAGCUGGAAAGCUUAAACAGCUAUAAGGUCUCACCAAGUUCACCAAACAGUUUGGACGGAGCAGACUUGUCCUCCAUUGAUGCCAUGAUGUCAGCAGUGAUGAAUGUGGGGAAGAUUGCUGAAAACGGCGGGAAUUCUCAAAAUGUCAAAUCCCCCUCAAAGUCUCCUGCACCAAAUCGGAUUGGCAGGAGGAACCAGGAAACAAAAGAAGAGAAGUCUUCCUAUACCUGUCCUCUGUGUGAAAAGAUUUGCACUACACAGCACCAGCUAACUAUGCACAUUCGUCAGCAUAACACUGACACUGGAGGGACAGACCAUUCCUGCAGCAUCUGUGGAAAGUCUCUGAGCUCAGCGAGCUCCCUUGAUCGCCACAUGCUGGUGCACUCAGGUGAAAGGCCAUAUAAAUGUUCAGUAUGUGGACAGUCCUUCACCACCAAUGGAAACAUGCACAGGCACAUGAAGAUUCAUGAGAAGGAUCCAAACAGCACAGCGAGCACCACUCCCCCCUCGCCGCUGAAGCGCAGGCGAUUGUCUUCGAAACGCAAGUUCAGUCACGAUGCUGAGCUGGACAGAGAGGAGAGGACGCCUGCAAAAAAGGUUGUCGAGGAUGGCCAUUCCGGUGAAGGGGAUAAGAGGGCUGAUGAUGAAGUUUAUCAUUGUCCAGUCUGUUUCAAAGACUUUUUUUGCAAGUAUGGGCUGGAGUCCCACAUGGAGACACAUCCAGAUAAUUCAUUGAGGUGUGACAUCUGUUGUAUUACCUUUCGUACUCAUCGGGGCUUACUGCGCCAUAAUGCAGUUAUCCACAAGCAGCUUCCCAGAGAUCCCAUGGGAAAGCCUUUCAUUCAGAACAACCCUUCAAUUCCAGCAGGCUUCCACGACUUGGGAUUCACGGACUUCUCCUGUAGGAAGUUCCCCCGCAUUUCUCAGGUCUGGUGUGAAACAAAUUUGCGAAGGUGCAUCAGUGACUUCCAUCGAUUUAUUUGCGAGAUGUGUAACAAGGCAUUCCCCAUGCUUUCGGCGCUCAAACUGCACACAGAAACUCAUGUGGUGGAUCAGGGAAAAGACAAGCACAAGCCACAGUCCAUGGCCCCACCCGGUGAGAACCCAGACCAGAAAGCCUUCAUGGCAUCCUUGGGCCUACAGUACACCAAAGACAUCAAGCCUGUCAAGCAGGAGGACAAUACGCAAGAUGAGGUCCAAGAAAUGCGGCUCAGAGCACUGAAGAGUAACCUACCUCAGGAACCCGGCAGCACCAGUCUGCUGAGCCUCUCUCCUCUGGAAGCUGCCUCCAUGGGAGGGUCAUUUUCAGUCCUUCCCCCUACAAAAGAAAACAUAAAGCUUCUUUCGCUGCAGCCUUUCCAGAAGGGUUUUAUUAUCCAGCCUGACAGCAGUAUUGUGGUGAAACCCAUCUCCAAUGAGUCUGCCAUUGAGCUGGCAGACAUUCAGCAGAUCUUGAAGAUGGCUUCUUCUGCUCCUCCUCAAAUCAGUCUUCCUCCACUUUCUAAGGCACCUUCUGUCCCUGUGCAGUCGAUUUUCAAGCAUAUGCCACCACUGAAGCCAAAGCCUUUGGUAACCCCCCGAACAGUUGUCGCAACCUCUACACCUCCUCCUCUUAUCAGUGCCCAGCAAGCCUCCCCUGGCUGCAUCAGCCCAAGUCUCCCACCUCCCCCUCUGAGGCUGAUAAAGAAUUCGGUGGAGUCUGUCUCCAAUUCUCAUCUCUCCCAGCCAGGAGCCAAAUCAAGUCCUUCCUCACAGUUGCUCCUCCAACCCAAAGUAGAGCCUUUAACUCAGCAUGAGAUGAAGACACAGCUGGAGCAGGACAGCAUCAUUGAAGCUCUCCUGCCUCUAAGUAUGGAAGCCAAGAUCAAGCAAGAAGUCACAGAAGGAGACCUCAAAGCCAUCAUCGCAGGGGCAGCGAACAAGAAGACCCCGACCAUGAGGAAAGUUUUAUACCCCUGCCGUUUCUGUGACCAGGUGUUUGCCUUUUCUGGUGUCCUGAGAGCUCACAUCCGCUCCCACUUAGGUAUUUCCCCGUAUCAGUGCAACAUCUGUGACUACAUCGCGGCCGACAAGGCAGCGCUGAUCCGGCACCUGCGGACGCACAGCGGGGAGAGGCCUUACAUCUGUAAAAUCUGCCACUACCCGUUCACAGUGAAAGCCAAUUGUGAGAGGCACCUGCGAAAGAAGCACCUCAAAACGACCAGGAAGGAUAUCGAGAAGAACAUCGAGUAUGUCACCAGCAAUGCCGCAGAGAUGGUGGAUGCCUUCUGCUCCCCAGACACGGUGUGCAAGCUGUGUGGAGAGGACCUGAAGCACUAUCGCGCCCUCCGCAUUCACAUGAGGACGCACAGCGGCUGCCAGAAGAAGAAGCCGUUCGAGUGCAAGGAGUGCGGCACGGCCUUUUCAGCCAAGAGGAAUUGCAUUCACCACAUCCUCAAACAGCACUUGCAUGUGCAAGAAAAGGAGAUUGAGAAUUACAUCUUAAUGGUGGACUGCAGUGCCCAGGAAAGCCAGACAGACCCUUCUUUAUUGGAGGACAGCACUUACAUGGACCACAAGCCCAUGACGCCUUUCCUGGAGCCACAAAAUGGCUUCUUGCUGGGAACGUCACCUCACGUUUCCAUCAAACGUGAACCUGUGGGCAACUUUCCCAUGGAUUUUGAUGAGCCCUUGGAUUUCUCUCAGAAGAGCAAAAGCCUGAGUGCUGUGCAGGUGAAGCAGGAGAACCUGUUCAGCUCAUCUCUGUCCCUUUAUGACUGUUCCAUGGAGCCUAUCGACCUGUCCAUCCCCAAAAUCCUGAAGAAGGAUAAAGAUGAUGCACCCUGUGAAGCCAGGAAUCAAGAGCUGGCUGCUUCUGGGAACAGUGAUAAAGCCUAUAACUGUCUGCAGUGUCCUUUGGUUUUUGGUGCCAAUGGGAACUCAGAAACAAACCGGGGUGUCAGACAUCCCCAGCCACUGAAAGGUUCGUUGCAUUUGACUGUCCCGAUCAUUUCCCCAGCUCUCCCUAGCAAUUCUGCCUUGCUGAGACCCCUGAGGCCUAAACCACCACCACCACCUCUCUUGCCAAAGCCUUCAGUAACUAAAGAGCUGCCGCCAUUGGCUUCCAUUGCACAGAUCAUUUCGUCUGUGUCUUCUGCUCCCACUUUGCUGAAAACAGAGGCUGCAGACGCCAGUCCCAAGGCAGUGAGCAGCUCCACUGGGUGUGACAAAUCAGGGAAUGCCAAAGCUAAAGUGACAAUCGUGACCGCCGUUCCGAGAGACUCCAGCCUGCCUGGUGACCUGUCUCAGGCGUGUGAUCCAGAGCAGUCUCCUGUUGCUGAUGCUGGGUUGACUAAGAAAAGAGGUAGAAAGAAAGGAACGAAAAAUAAGCCUAAACUUAGGAGUAGUGUGGAUCUGGAGUCAAGUGGUGAAUUUGCCAGCAUAGAGAAGAUGCUGGCUACCACAGACACUAACAAAUUUAGCCCAUUUCUGCAGUCCACUGACAAUUUCAAGGAAGAAAGUGGCAGAAAUGGAACAAGUGAGGAUGAGAAGGAAACUGCCAAGGAUAAGCUGCUGAGAGGGAAGAGGAACACUUACUCAGACUGCCUGCAAAAUAUCCCCUGUCCUUACUGUCCUCAAGUCUUUCCAUGGGCAAAUGCCCUGCAGCGGCACAUGCUCAGUCACGCAGAGAGCCAGGCAGAUGCAGACACACUAGCUGCAGGAAACAAAGUCUUGAACCUGAGCUACGGCGAGAAGGAGCAGUCAGAGGAAAAGACAGAGCUACCGGAGAGUGAGUGCAGCCCCAAGGAGGAGCAGAAGGCUGACUUCCUUCCGGCAGAAGAGGAUGCUGAAGAAAAAGUGGAUGGAUAUGAAGAGGGCCCUGAGGAAGAUUCUGUAAGUAACAAAAGUCUUGACCUCAAUUUUGCCAGCAAAUUAAUGGACUUCAAGCUGGCAGAGAGUGACCAGUGUGCAGGCAGCAGUUCUCAGACUGAAAGGAAACAUGCCUGUGACAUUUGUGGCAAAACCUUCAAGUUUGCUGGCACUCUUAGCCGUCACAAAAAGGCCCACAUUCGUGAGGACAGAAAGGAUGAAAGGAGCAGUGAGGAUGAAAGCAAAAGCAUUCAGGAUGAUGCAGGAGCUCCCUCGAUGCAGGACUCUGGUCUUGAGCAGGAAGAGUCUCCGUUGGACUUGAAGGUAGUGGAGUCUCCUGUGGACUUUGAGGCAACAGGAAAGGAGAAUGAAGAGAGCGAAAGCAUCUCUGAGGGGGAAGGCACAGAGAGAAAGUCCACUGAGAAGAGCAGUGAUGACAAACCAAAGACUGAUGGGGCUAAGAGUACUGCAAAAGCAGACAAAAGAAAGAAAGUCUGUACUGUGUGCAACAAGCGUUUCUGGUCUCUGCAAGAUCUGACGCGACAUAUGCGGUCUCAUACAGGUGAGAGACCUUACAAGUGUCAAACCUGCGAACGGACCUUCACUCUGAAGCACAGCCUGGUCCGUCACCAGCGCAUCCACCAGAAAGUCAAAAAUGCCCGAAACCACGGGAAGGAGAGCGACAAGGAGGAAACGCAGUCGAGGUGUGGAGAAGACAGUGAGAAUGAGUCCAGCCACAGCGGCGCCAACCCCAUCUCCGAAAGCGAGUGUGACUCCACGGGGGGCGUCAGUAGCCAUUCGUCCCUCGUGGGGAGCCGGAACGAGCCCCUGGCCGGCAUGGUCACGGACUCCCCCUGCGGAGAGGAGAGGAGCGGCCUCGCCGAGCCCACCAAGAGCGCGCAGAAACAGAUGGCGAAAGACCAGGAACCGCGGGGCAGCUCCGAGCACGAGAGGCCUUCAGGUUUCAUCCAUGACUUGCUGGAGAUGCACAAAGCGCCGUCUCCCAUGAAUCACAUCCUGGCCUCUGCAGACAGUGCGCCUCAGCUCUUGGGGGUGGAAUGACUUGCUAGGAGGUUGUACCCAUCUCAGCAGGCAAAGUGAAGCCAGCAGAGCAAGGUUCCUCGAGUCUGGUUUUGGAAGAGCGACCUUACAGCUACGGGGAGAGAAUGGCAGACUGGACGUGGUGCCAUAUGCCUUUCAGUAUAAUAAUGCAAGAGACUACAGUAUAUACUGAUUUGAGUGCCUUACUACUUUAUUAGAUCUUUUGGUAUUAUAGAUUUUUUCAAAAAUGAUUUUAAUAUUUUAAAGAAUUAUCUGGAGAGGACCCUUUUUCAUUUAAGCAUUAAUGUUACCUUUUGUAUUGGUGUGCGUGAGCUUGUUCUUGUAUAUCUGUGAUAGUCGCUGUUUGUUCUCUGAGCUGGAAAUGGGGCAGUGGGGUGGGAGGCCCUUGGAUACCAUAGCCAAUAACUGGAAGAAAAAUGAUGUGAAUUUCAUAUGAAAUAGUCAGAGGAGAUGCAGAGGAGACGUUGGUUUGUUUUUUUACUCAGUAGAUGUUCUUGCAUUUGCCACAUGGUGGAGCAUUAAGCCUGUUUCAGGCCUGAACAACGUGGCAGUUGAAGGUGUUCAAAGUGGUUCAAGCCAAAAGCAGGAAACACAAAUGAAUUUCAACCUCAUACUUGUUUCCACUUUUCAGCAUUAGAAGUGGUCUUCUAAAUCCUAGGGGUUUUUUCUGGCCGUCACGGACUGAGUGUGUAUACAGAGAAGAGUUACAUAGCAACGUAACCUAUGGAAAUUAUGCACCCGCUGUUACAUAUGUUUGAUUUGCUUCAGUACAUUAUUAUUAUUAUUAUUAUUUUAUUAUUAUUUUAUAAAUCCAUCAGUUUGCUUGUCUCUGCAGUCAGCAGAAGCCAAUGGGCAAUAUUUGCCCACGGAGACGCGUAGCGCAGCUUGGGUCCCGUCUCGGAGUGUUCUUGACUCAUUGCUUUCACCAGCUCCUGCUCCUCCUGUUGUUGCAGCUCUUCUACUGUACUUUACAUGAACCCCUUCCUCCGACCGGAGCGUCCCGCGGAGGCCAGCGAGGUUUCGUCCCCGGUGCAGGGGCACAUCUCCCUCGCGGCGGGUGCGAGCGGGCGUGGGUGCGAGCACGCGACAGCCCCGGGUGCGUGAGAGGCACCGCGAGUGCCGCCGUGACCUCGCUGCCGCCACGCCGGUGACAGCCCGCGUCACUCACAGAGCAAAGUUAUCUCGUCUUCCAGUGGAAAGCAAGAGAGAAAUGCGAGCCUUUACCCUCGUCUUGCUUCUGUCGUGUUCUAAGAGCAAGAAAAUACUACUGGUAAUAAAACCACAGAUAUACGACAUGUUAAAAAUAAAUUUAAAACAAAAACAAACAAACAAAAAAAACCCAAAAAAACCCACAAAAACAAAACAAACAAAAAAAAGAAAGAAAUUCUUCCUGAGAUUUUGGGGUUGAUGCUUGAAGACUUGAGGUGUGUGUCUAAAUUUCAUAUCAGUAAUUUAACCCCUUUAAUGCUGGCAGCUGGAAUUUCUCCGUAUGGCUCCUGUUGCCGGCAACAGGUGACACUCCAGCCACCAAUAUUGAAGGGGUUAAACGAAAUGUAUCCUACUGUAGCUGCGCAUUUUUAGGAGUGCCCAGCAUUUUUGUUGUCCUUGUCGUUGUCGUUGUCGUUAUUGUUGUUUGUUAAUUGUCCUUCAGUCAUGACCUCUGGGACAGACAGAGCCAUAAUAGCAUUGCCGGAGCCUCACUGUGCUAUUCCACCACUGCAGCCCCCCAGCCCAGCCCGCACUGUGACCCUCCCUCCUUCCUACCGCAGAAUCGCUUUUCCUGCUCUCACCAGACAUGGAGGAAGUGGGCCUCAGACCCAGUCUAUAUUAUAUAAUAUAUAUCUAUAUAUAUCUAUAUAUUAAAAAUUCUCAGAAAAAAUUUCUGGAGACUGAAAUCUCACUGUCCAGAAUUCAAAGGAAGAGAAACGUUCUUGAGUAAUAUUCUUGCAAAUAGAGUAAGAAAAAAUGGUUGAGGUAUAUGUGAUUUCUAUUUUUUGUGGUUUUUUGGUGUUUGUAUUUUUUUUUUUUUUUAAUUUUUAAAUAGGGAUGUUUGAACCAGUUCAGCAACAAAGCUAACGCCAGAUACAGAUAAAUCAAUCACAACCAAUGAUUCAUUUGAAACUCUACCCAGGUGCAUUCUACUUAAUUAAAACCCGUUCACACAUCCCUUAAAUUGUUAUUACUAUUAUAAUUAUAAUUAUUAUUAUUAUUAUUAUUUUGGGUAUUUUUUGGUUUUUGUAAUUUUUUUUGUUUGUUUAUUUUGGGGUUGUUGUUUUGUUGUUUUGGUUUUUUUUUUUUUUGCAGCUCUCCACACUAAACUGCGCAAUACUGUGGGGGAGAAGCCAUUACUAAACUAUAUGCUGCAGAACAAUGUAGCAAGUAAUUAAUUCCCAGCAGCCUGCCGGGACAUCUGCUAGCAAUAAUCACUAUUGAUUUAAAGCUUUAUUUAGCCUUUAUCUAUAUCCUAGUAGAGUAUAAGGUCUUGCCACAUUUUAUUGACAUUUUUAUUAGUUGAGUUUGACUGAGAACUGUUGCUGUUGUUGGGGUUUUUUUUGUUUCCCUUCCUCCCCCAAUAUUAAACUGUGAAAUUUAUAAUGUGUUUAAACUAUGGGUGAAUCUUAGGCUUUAGUUUGCAUGUUCAGCUAAUUUGUCUCUAUACGAUUUUCGUUUGAAUCUUUUUAUUUUUUUUCCUCUCUCAGGGCUUUUACAAAAAACAAAAAAUCACAAAACAAAAACAAACAAAAAAAGAUCUAAAAUUCUUUUGCCUGAGUUGCAAUGGACUUAACAUGGAGAUAAUUCAAUCACUACAUUAAGCACUUGACUGUGAAAGCGCAAAAAAAAAUAAAGGAAAAAGAAAAAAAAAAGAGAGAACCUUGUUUGAGGCUGUUGUGAAAUAACUUUAGGGGGCUAUAUGACAGUCUGAUUCCAUUUUCAGAAUGAUUCAUCUUCUCUUUCCUCUCUAUGUGUCUCCUUUCUCUCUCUUCUCUCUCCACGAAGGAAGUUUAAUCCUAGUGAUUUCAUCCCAUGCAGGAAAAACAGUAAUAAAUGUGUAGAAUUCAUAUUUUUCUAAAGGGAACUUAAACUGCUGCUAUGAAUUGUGUACAAGACUGGUUUAUGCCACAUGAACAGAGAAUCACACAUUGUUUUGGUACUUUUAUUCCUCUUUUUUUUCAGUUGUACAGUACUUCCAAAUUCAAAAUAAAAAGUAAAACUUGUUCUGUAUCAAA